GGUUGGGGGGGCUGCAUCCUGCGCUGGACCCCCACCUCGGUCCCCAGCUGGAUGAAGGAACAAGGGACCCGCUUGCACCUGGGGGAGGCAGGGCCACCCCCCCCGUUCCCCUUGCCCUCAGGCCACCGUGGGACGGUGCUGUGGGGAGAGCAGCGCAGCGGGCACACAGCCAGGGACUGUGCUCAGCUGGGGGGGGGCCACUGCCAGAGCAGGAGACGUCCUGGAUGUCCCUUGGCUUGCGAGGCUGGGGAUGAGGGUACAGCAGGGGAGCAGGUCAUCUCGGGGGGGCACCGGCAUGAGGCUCAGCAGGUCGGUGAACACGGUGUCGGGGACCCCGGGUUCAGUCAGGCAGCGGCAGGCAGGGCAGGUGGCACCCACCACCGCUGGCCACCGUGGCUGCCACCACCCCUCGCUUGACCCCGAGCGGCUCAAGAGGGCCAGGCUGCACGUGGAGAGGGCCAUCAAGGAGAAGAAGAUUUUCACCGUGCAGGGCCCCUACCCCGUCAUCCGCAGGCUGCUGCGGGCCCGGGGCUGGGUGGAGAGGAAGCUCCCUGGCACGGGCAGCCAGCCGGAGCAACAUCACGGCAGGCAGGAGAAGCAGCUGGAGCAGGAGGAGGACGAGGAGGAGGAGGAGGAGGAGGGAGGUGAUGGUACUGAGCAGGAGGGAGCAGCACCAGAUCCACAGCCUUCCCUGGGGACCCCAAAGCACUCCCCGUGUCCUCCCGAGGACGAGGAGCAAGAGGAGGAGGAAGAGCGGUGGGAUGAGGACCCCGACGGCAUCCACGACAUCAUGUCCCGCCUGGUGCGGGACCAGGUGCCGUACUUCAUCUGGACCAACCGCAGCGACGCCGUCGACUGCCGGCUGCUGCGGCACGACCAGGUGCUGAACCACUACGCCCGGGUGGGCGCCUUCACCACCAAGGAGGGGCUGUGCCUCAACCUGCGAAACCUGCCCUGGGUCGACCAAGCCGACCCUGACACCUUCUUCCCCCGGUGCUACCGGCUGGGGGUUGUAGAAGAGCGGCAAGCCUUCAUCGAGGAUUUCUGCCUGACAGCAGCUCGCAGCCUGCUCAAAGUGGCCCUGGAGAGGGCUGGGGACGUGCCGGCGGGGACGGAGCAGCCCCCAAAAUCCAGCCAGGAGCCAGCAGGGCCUGGGCCCCCCUUACCCCCCCAGUUGGUGGAGGACGCCCUGCAGGUCUGCGGGCGGCACCUGAGCAGCCUGGGGUACCAGGACAUCGACGGGGACCCCCCAUCCCCUGCCAUGACGGGUAUCGAUGGGGAUCGCUUCCUGCAGGACUACUACCGCGUGGUGCACAAGGGGGCCAAACUGGUGUUGAGUGGGGCGCAGUGGGAGCGGUGCCAAGCCCUGCUGCGGUGCCUGGCGGGGCAGCUGCCCCAGCUCGGCAUGGAGGGCAACCGCAACGUUUGGAUCCUCAAGCCUGGUGCUAAAUCCCGCGGCAGGGGCAUCGUCUGCGUGUCGCGGCUGGAGGAGGUGCUGCGGCUGGUGGGGGGCUGCACGGCACCCUUGGCGCAGGCAGGCAAGUGGGUGGUGCAGAAGUACGUGGAGCGGCCCCUGCUCAUCUUUGGCACCAAAUUUGAUAUCCGGCAAUGGUUCCUGGUGACCGACUGGAACCCGCUGACCGUCUGGUUUUACCGGGAAAGCUACCUGCGCUUCUGCUCCCGGCCCUUCUCCCUGCGCCACCUGGACCCCGCCCGGCACCUCUGCAACGUCUCCAUCCAGAAGCAGUGCAGGCCGGCGCGGGGCCGGCACCCCCGGCUGCCCCCGGACCAGACCUGGUCCUGCCAGCAGCUCCAGGAGUACCUGGCGCAGACGGGGCGGGCGGGCGCCUGGCACCAAGUGAUGGUGCCCGGCAUGAAGGCAGCGGUGGUGGGUGCCCUGCGCAGCGCCCAGGACCAGGUAGGGUCCCGCAAGGGCAGCUUUGAGCUCUACGGGGCCGACUUUAUCUUUGGAGAGGAUUGCCAGCCCUGGCUGUUGGAGAUCAAUGCCAGCCCCACCAUGGCCCCCUCCUCGGCGGUGACCAGCCGGCUCUGUGCCAGCGUCCAGCGGGACAUGCUGCGCGUGGUCAUUGACCGCAGGGACAACCCUGCCUGCCCCACUGGUGCCUUUGAGCUCAUCUACAAGGAGACGCCCGUGCCGGUGCCCCUGUACGUGGGGCUGAAGCUGACGGUGGAAGGCUGCUCCCUGCGGAAGCCCCGCCUGGCGCAGCACCGAGCCCGGGGCAAGCCCCCCACCACUGCGCCUGGUGCCCCCCAGCCCCCUAACCCCUUGGGCAAAGCCACCCUGAUCCCCCAGCUGGAGCCAGCACGGGGUGAGCUGGCUCCUAUGGGGCGCUGGAGCCAUGGCUGCCCCCCCAGCUCUGCCCCUCCAGUGCCACCGCUGCCCCCAGCCUCCAGCACUGGGAGGAGGGGGCUGCCACAGCUCAGCCCCCUGCUCGGGCAGCCUCCAGCAGCUCUGCCCCAGCUCCGUGUCCAUCCCCGGGACAGGGUGCCCGUCCUGCUGCCCCGGAGAGCCCCCGGCAGCCCCUGGGAACCCGUGGGCCAGGCCCCCCCCCCUUCCUCUCCUCCUGCCAGGGUGCUGCACCUACCCGGGCUGGCACCCAGUGCGUGGACCCCGAGCCCUGCUGAGGGGAGGAGGCCCACGGCAGCGCCCAGGGGGAGGCAGAAGAGCCGUGACGCUGAAGGACACCCAGGAGGGGACAGCAGCACCCUGCCCGGCCCAACUGGGGCAACACAGCAGCACCCAGGUCCCCCCCACCCCUGCUAGACCCCAUUGCUGGGUGGGGGCACCCAGCCCACACCCCACGGGGGCUGCAAAACAUGU